CGUAGGCUCUCCCUGCUCUUUCCCCGCUCCCUUUUGUCCCUUCGGGGUUCUCCUCCCCUCCCCGCUCCCCCCCGCUGCCCUGGCCUUCUGAUUCUGGGGGAGGGGGGCUCCUUCCGUGUUCUCCCAGAUGCUCUGCUCCCCCCCAGGAUCCCCCUUCCUCGGUUUAAUUUGCCUGCUCCCUCCUUCCCCCCAGCCUCGGCUAGCGAAACCCAGGAGAUGGGGAGGGGCUCGACCAUCGUAGAGUGGUGGUGGCCGACAGACAGUGAACAGAGUAUCUGUCAGGCAAGAGCUGCUGUAAUGGUCUAUGAUGAUGCCAACAAGAAGUGGGUGCCAGCCGGUGGCUCCACCGGGUUCAGCAGAGUACAUAUAUAUCACCAUACAGGCAACAACACAUUCAGAGUGGUGGGCAGGAAGAUUCAAGACCAUCAGGUUGUGAUAAAUUGUGCCAUUCCUAAAGGGCUGAAGUACAAUCAAGCUACACAGACUUUCCACCAGUGGCGGGAUGCUAGACAGGUGUAUGGUCUCAACUUUGGCAGCAAGGAGGAUGCCAAUGUCUUCGCAAGUGCCAUGAUGCAUGCCUUAGAAGUGUUAAAUUCACAGGAAGCAGCCCAGAGCAAGGUUACUGCUACCCAGGACAGCACUAAUUUGCGAUGUAUUUUCUGUGGGCCAACAUUGCCUAGACAAAAUUCACAACUACCUGCUCAAGUUCAAAAUGGCCCAUCCCAAGAAGAGUUGGAAAUCCAGAGAAGGCAGCUGCAAGAACAGCAGCGACAGAAGGAGCUGGAGAGAGAGAGGAUGGAGAGGGAACGGUUGGAGAGAGAACGGCUAGAGAGAGAGAGGAUGGAGAGGGAGCGCCUGGAGCAGGAGCAGCUGGAGCGCCAGCGCCAGGAAAGGGAACACUUGGAGCGCCUGGAGCGGGAGAGGCUGGAGCGCCUGGAGCGGGAGAGGCAAGACCGAGAGCGCCUGGAGCAGCUGGAACAAGUGGAGUGGGAGCGGGAGCGCAGAGUGUCCAAUGCUGCUCCAUCUUCAGACAGCUCCCUGUGUAGCGCUCCACUUCCUGAGUAUGCCAGUUGCCAGCCUCCUCCGGCACCUCCUCCAUCAUAUGCUAAAGUCAUCUCAGCUCCAGUGUCAGAUGCCACUCCUGAGUACGCUGUAGUGACUGCUUUGCCACCUACUUCCACACCCCCUACACCACCACUGCGACACUCAGCGACACGUUUUGCAACAUCUCUAGGUUCAGCCUUCCACCCUGUUCUUCCCCAUUACGCCACAGUUCCUCGUCCUCUGAACAAAAACUCUCGACCUUCUUCUCCUGUGAACACACCCUCUUCUCAGCCUCCAGCUGCGAAGUCCUGUGCCUGGUCUACUUCCAAUUUCUCGCCCCUCCCUCCAUCUCCUCCGAUAAUGAUUAGCAGCCCUCCUGGUAAAGCUACUGGCCCCAGGCCUGUCCUCCCCGUCUGUGUCUCCUCUCCCGUGCCCCAAAUGCCUCCGUCACCGACAGCACCCAAUGGGCUGCUGGACUCUGUAACAUACCCAGUGUCUCCACCGCCUACCUCAGGGCCAGCAGCGCCGCCGCCUCCGCCGCCACCACCACCACCACCGCCGCCGCCACCGCCACCGCCGCUGCCUCCCCUCGCUUCUUCGCUCUCACACUGUGGAUCACAGGCUUCUCCUCCUCCAGGCACCCCUCUUGCCUCAACUCCCUCAUCCAAGCCCAGUGUUCUCCCUUCUCCCUCUGCAGCUGCCCCUGCCUCUGUGGAGACCCCUCUAAACCCUGAGCUGGGAGACUCCUCUGCUUCCGAGCCAGGCUUGCAGCAGGCAGCCUCUCAGCCGGCCGAGACGCCAACCCCACAGGGCCUUGUCUUGGGACCACCUGCACCUCCCCCACCCCCACCCCUCCCAACAGGCCCUACCUAUGCCUCAGCUCUUCCUCCCCCCCCUGGGCCACCUCCACCACCUCCACUGCCAUCUACUGGGCCUCCUCCACCUCCUCCCCCACCCCCUCUUCCUAAUCAAGUUCCUCCCCCUCCUCCGCCCCCUCCCGCCCCGCCCCUCCCUGCAUCUGGAAUUUCCUCUGGACCCCUGUCAGAAGACAAUCGCCCGUUGACUGGACUUGCAGCUGCGAUUGCGGGAGCCAAACUUAGGAAAGUGUCUCGGGUGGAGGAUGGCUCUUUCCCAAGUGGAGGGAGUACUGUGGGUGUGAACUUGGCCUCAUCCAAAACAGAUGCUGGUCGUGGGAAUGGACCCCUUCCUCUAGGGGGUAGCGGCUUAAUGGAGGAGAUGAGUGCCCUGCUGGCCAGGAGGAGAAGAAUUGCUGAAAAAGGGUCAACCAUAGAAACAGAACAAAAAGAAGACAGAAGUGAAGAUUCGGAGCCUGUAACUUCUAAGGCCUCUUCAACAAGUACACCUGAACCGACCAGAAAACCCUGGGAAAGAACAAACACAAUGAAUGGCAGUAAGUCGCCUGUCAUCUCCAGACCCAAAUCUACACCUUCGUCACAGCCCAGUGCCAAUGGAGUCCAGACAGAAGGACUCGACUAUGACAGACUGAAGCAGGACAUUUUAGAUGAAAUGAGAAAAGAACUAGCGAAGCUGAAGGAAGAGCUUAUUGAUGCAAUCAGGCAGGAACUGAGCAAGUCGAAUACUGCAUAGAGAAGCGAACUAAGAGAGACAGGACUUGAAUCUGGAGAAAAACAAGAAUUCCUACAAACAACUGUUAACAACCCCCUACGAUUUUUAAGCUGUAAGAAGAAAAUGGAUACAGUCAGGAGGGAAAAAGCGCCAACCUCUGAAAGCCUCCAGACAUAGCGACUCUGGCAAUCAGCUGCUCCCUCCCGGCGUGCUCCUGUUCUGACCUUUACCGCAGGAUGAAGACUUGUGUUUGAAUUCCCUAGCAGUACUAAACCCAUCAGGCAAGAAAUAUUUUCAUGUCUAGAUGAAACUGCACGUUUUCCACAAUCCAUUGCUAAAAUAAAGAUAAAGGCUUAGGAGGUUUUUUUCAGGGGGCGCUGAUGAAGAAUUUAAUUUAGCAAGUUCUGCUGUUGCAUUGUAAACGUUUCUCUCAGGUUUGUCUUCCUAUCAUAUUUGAUAUUCCGUGAAUAGUUAAGAUCAUAAAAUAUGGAACAAAUGGAAUUGUAUGUGCUUUCAAAGGGUGGUAUUUAUAAGAAAGGUCCUAAAAUGUUUAGUCCCACUUGAGGAAUUUAGAAUGAUAGGAAGUCUCUCGGGUUAGCCUUCAUGCAAUUUUGUAGUUUAAAACAAAAUCCGUCCAGAAUUUAAAUAUUUAGAUGCCUUCCUAAAUUGUUACAAUGCUUUACCAAAUCUAUGACUUCUAUAUACAAACAGUGGUCAAAUGUAAAACAUUCUAUUAUAGAUUUCCUGUAGGUUUUCAACCUUUUUUAGACUUAUGCAUGCGGACAUUUUUAUAAUGUAAUUACAAUCACCACAAAGUUAGCUUUUUUAAUUACAGACAGUAAUGCAUGUCACACUAAUAUGUAGUGGCCUUUUCAAGGCCUAGUCCCAGGGGAAAAUAUUUUGUAGAAUAUAGGGAAGUGGGAGGAAGGGGAGGAAUAAUUUUUUAUUUGAAGUUAAUUCUGCACUAUCUUUUUUUUCCUCAAUUAUCUGCAUGAAUUAUGAGAAAUAUUUUGUGACUUUAGUCGAUAAACAUGUUAACAAAACCAAGUACUUAAUCUUUUACAUCAUGUCUUCAGCUAUUUGUAUUUUAACCAGCAAUUCCCAUGGUCUGAAGCAUGAUUCUGAGCUUCACAUGAAUUACACCUCACUGUGGACCUCCAGAGUUUGAUCACUGAACUUGGCAGUUGCUGUCACCAGACCCUGCAGUGCUGCGGGUGUCUGGGUGCAUGCUCCUGAGUGGAUGCUGCUCUUGACCUUGGUUGUGCUGAAAUGCAAGAAAUAUCAAUGAUGGCAGCAGUUGGGGUCACAGAAGUCACCAGAUAAAGGGAAACCAGUGGGGAGUUCUGCAGUUUUCUUUUCAUAAAACUGAAGUGAUACUUAGACCCAGAGAGAGAGGUGUGUGUGUGUGUGUGUGUGUGUGUGUGUGUGUGUGUGUGUGUGUGUGUGUGUGUGUGUGUGUGUGUGUUGGGUGUGUUCCACCCCUUUUUGUUAUAAUUGGCAAGAUUAAAAUAAGGGAGAAAUUCUAUUUGUUGUAAUGUUAGCUUUUGGGAAAAUCUAGGAAAUCAAAAAUUCUCCAGGCUCUCCAUCAUGAUUUAUGCUUGAGUUAUUCAUGUGCCAUACUUGCUUUGGUUAUCAAAACGUUAAAAAAAAAAAAAAUGGGGGAAAUAAUCCACUUUCUUUUGCUUUCUAGAUUUCAUGUCUCAGUUUUAAAACAAAGCUUGAUGACAGCGUAGUUUUCUAAACGCUACAAUUUGCAGUCAUCACACUACCGAGAAGUUGAAUGAGGAUUUUUUUUUCCUUGUUAAGAGUUUGUUUCUGUAGAAACUUCAUUUUUAGAUUAAACUGUGAGGGAUGAGCUACCCUAGUUCAAAUACACAGCUCUUCUUCUGCCUGCUCUCCAUUGUCAUGCAGUAAUGGUGAAGGCAGUAAAGAUGCAGUGAGCUCAUCAGUUGUUCUCUCAAAGAAAUAGUCAUUGCAUUUUACUGUUGGUCUUCUGAUUAUGCGCUCCUUUGAUAAUGUAAAUGUGUGCAUCCCUUACAGAUCUGAUCAAACAUCACUUUUGAUUUUGUUGCUGAAGUUAAAUAGUCUGUAAUAGGUAGAGUACUGGGUAUCAGUGGUCCAAAGUGAGACAGAAUACUAAAGUCAGAUGCUAAGUCCUAAAAGAAACUGGUUUAUGCACUAAACGUUUUGUGCCUUGGUCUAAUAUUUAACACAAUGUCUGUGUAAAAUGAUAAAAAAAAAAAAAAAAAGAACCAGUGUUGACUCAUGCUAUAUCCUCCAUAAUACUGCAUUAUCCCACAUGGCUAAUGUGUCCCUUCCUAAAGUGUGAUUGGACUAUUCUGUAUGUCCACUGUCAGACAUGACAGUCUUGUCAUUGUUAGAGAUUUCAGUGAUUAAAAUGGGAAACCGAAGCUUAGGUUAUUUUCCCAGAACUGUUCCUUGGAACCGUAGUAUGAUGGUGGGUUUUGCUUUUGUGUGUUGAAUGUCUUCAGCUGAGUACAGUUUAGGGGUCCUUUCUAACUACAGGAAGGCACUGCUCUCCUCAACACUGUGAUCCGACCUGCGACAGCUCUACAACACACCCUGUAAAUGGCUAGCACGUCAAUAGCAAACAACCUGAAUGUACAAACCUUAGUGCUGGUGCUGAAAUCUCUAAAGAAUAGUCGUCAUGAUCUCAGAGUUUGUUCACAACUUACAAGCAUAACGUGUCAAUCAGAACUAAAGAAUGUUGACUCCUCAUGCUGCAGGUGUAUUUCCUGUUUAGGUUUUUCAGUUCUCUGCUGUUUUUACCAUAACUGUUUCAUUUAAAUUUCUUACACGCUAACUUCAUUUGUGUGAUUGAAAUAAAAUUUCAGUAUAUACA